AAGAAAUAAGGAAGUGAGGGCAACCGACAGACACCCAAUGAUCAAAACAAGCACUUAUUAGAAAAAAGGAAUAAAGUUAGUUCUGAGAAACGAUCAAGCCUCUUUUAUUUGUAAGGCUAUAAGGAUAUUCCAGUUUCUCAUCCUUCAUUCAUUCUGAUCACUCGUAGUUUCAUUAGUUUGAUCAGCAGCGGCUCCCACACACCGCUGAGCAGGAGGAGAAGCGUCUCAACUGACCGAGCACCGCAAAGUUUUCUUCUUCUCUGAACGCUCGUGUUUCCGCCACUGACGAAGCCAAGCUAAAUCCGAUCAUCGUGACAUCUCACUGAUUCCAAGCAACAGUUUCCUCUUGGGUUUUUUUUUUAGAAAAAUGCGAUUCUGUACGCAGCUGGAGGUCAACGUUAAAACGUGGCCAGUGUAAAAAAGUGCAUUUUGCUGAAUUCAGAAGCCGUUUAUUCCAGCAGAGCAGACGUGAGAUAGGAAGGAUGUGGUGCAAAAGAUGAAGUGUGAAGCUGUUGUUUGCUAAACUGACUAUGUUUGGUAAUGUAUGUAAAAGUCAACGAAACGCAUUUUGAGUGACUGAUGUGGUACAAUCCAUGCAAACACCCACACAUUAAAAAUGAUAUAGAGAUAUUUGUUGUAGAUAUCGAUAUUAAUGCGUUUCUACGCUUACUUUGUUUCCACCAUCUUAUCUUUUUACAGUUUUUUUUGGUUGCUAUUUUUCUUCAGCAUGACGUAUUAUGUUUUUUUUGGUCAUCAGCGAGGCUCUGAGGCUCUGAACUUCCGUAGGAAGUCAAUGCAGCGGCAGUCAUUUUGAGUUCUCUCUUUUUAGGGUUUUAAUCUUUUUAAUUUAAAAGAAUGUCAGCAAAUUACCUACUCGUUUUACUUCUGUUUCCUCUGAUCUUCAAAACAGGGUUGAGUGCUGAGAUCUCAGUGUUUGUGCGGAUGGGAAGUUCUGUUGAAAUGGAUAUACAGAUACAAGAGUUACCAGAGUUUGAUGAUUUAUCCUGGAGAAAUGAAAAAUCAGAGAUAAUAGUGAAAUAUACAAAUGAAACUAAAAGAGUAAAACUUCACCCUUCUUACAAGGACAGAGUGGAUUUCAAUGAUAAAACCUUCUCUCUGACACUGAAGAACAUGCAGAAGACAGACAGUGGACUCUACAUAGCAAGAGUGAGUGGAAUAACAGAGACUGAUAUUGUUACAUACAGAGUAUCUGUUAUAGAUGCUGUGGAGGCUCCCGUCCUGACUGUGAACUCAAAAGUGUCCAUCAAUGACUCCUGUUCUGUGAACUUCACAUGCAGCGCUCAAGAGUUCAUGAUUAACUCCACCUAUCAGAACAACAGAUGCUCUCCAGAGGAAGUGACAUCACAGAUCAACACUCUCAUCCUGAACUGCAGUGAGGAAUCAAUCACAUGUAACCAUAGCAACCCUGUCAGCUGGAAAGAAGUCAGAAUGAGCAUCAAAGAACUCUGCAUUAAUAACGAGAAUGACUCAAGUCAAGUGCAGAUUGGGUCACCUUUCCUGUGGCCGGUAGUUGGUUCGGUGGCGGUGUUCGUUUUGAUAUGUUUUUUAGCCUUUCUGUACAUCAAGUGUAAAAAAGGUGACCAGGAGCAGGUAGGGGGAGAUAGUACACUGUAUGCUCAAGUUGAGACAAUGCAGCAACUCAACAGUGACUGCCAUACAUAUGAUAGUCCAGAAAGGGUUCAAGUCCAGCCACAAGAAAAACUGAGGAUAAAACAAACACGUUCUACUGCAAAGUAGGAGACCUCCACACAUCUAAACCCCCUGGACAAGAGUGCACCAUUUAUUCAGCGGUGUGUAAACAACCAAACAAGAAACCACCCGCCGAUUCGUGACGCUUCAAAAUAAACUUUGGCUAAUUCACACAUUGAGACGAGAUGUCACAAGAUCUGAUCACAAAAUAGCAUCGGCCUUUAUGUGAUAAAAAAAAAGGAGAAAAGUAUUAACAGUUAUUUUGAAUAACAUACCAGCCAAGGCUGUUCAUUUUCUCACCGUCGAGUAGUUACUAAUCUGCCCAACACGAAGGAACAUAUUUUGAAGAAAGUUUGUAACCAGGUUGUUUUGGAUCACCACUGACUUCCAUAGUAUUUUUAUUUCCUAAUAUGGAAGUCUACGGUGACCCAAAACAGCCUGGUUACAAACUGAGUAAAUAAUGACAGAAUUUUUUCAUUUUUGGUUGAACUAUUCCUUCACACAGUUUUUAGGUAUUAGGUAGAAUAUUAGAUAGGACUUUUACAAAUGCUAUGAAAUACUUAAUACACCUUUACUUUGCAUAUGAACCAUCUUCUUGAACGUGCAAUACUUCCGAUUUAAUGAAAAGCUGAAUCUUUUACAAGGUUUCCUUCAAAACCAACCGUUCAUAUCAUAAAUGGAAGUAGUUAUUCUUUUAAUGGGAGCUUUUUAGAAGUCAGCUUUUUAUUGUAAUAAUAACUUUGACUUAGGAGAGAACCAUUUAUCGUUUUAUUUAAAAAGUGUUAUUUAAAAAGAUAGCUUGCAGUAAUGAAGUAAAAAUGUGUCAUGUAUAGUUUAUAGCAUUUUAUAAAAAGUAUUUCUUAAAUACUUUGCUGAGAGCAUAUAUAUAUUAGAAAUAAGCGAUUAACAAUAAUGUUUAAUCUGUUUAUAAAUGUAUAGCUUAAUGUUUGCUGUUUAUCCUAAUGUACUUGUUAUGAGACUUUUUAAUAGCUACUACACAUUAAAAACAUUAAAACUGCAUGAUUGUUUUUAAUGAACAGUUUUUUUUAAAUUCAUCUCCAGUAUAUGUAUAUUAUGUUUUGGCUUUU